GUACUUGAACAUCCCACGAUCGCUCUGGUCCGUAGUCUACGUUCGAGCAACCGGGACGGUACCAGUUACCUAUCUCCCGCGAUCUCGCGACGCCGAGCCAAGACUCCCCAGGGCUCUUUCUGCCUCUCAACUUAUCUCUCUCUCCCUCUCUCUCAUACGAGAGCGUGUGCGGGCUGCCGUUGCUUCAAGGCGUCAUUUGAGCGGAGCAACCAUUUGAGCGGAGCAACCAUUUGAGCGAGCGGAGCGAUCGAGGUAGCGCGAUGAAGAUAUCUUCGGAGUACGACAGCGAGGAGAAGGUUUUCAUGAACAAGGCUUCCGUCCGCCUCUUCGACGGCCUCGCCAAAGUCAAAGCGUCGUGUCAGACGACGCUGGGCGGGCAGUGGUGCUACCCGCUGGUGAGCCUGGUGACGAAGCACCUAACGGUGGACUACGACGUGGACGGCAAGAACGCGCUCGUCGGCGUCAACGCUGACGUCGGCAACCACAGCGUUGCGUACCGCCGCGACAUGCAGGCCCAGCGCAGCUCGGUGUCGACUGUGUUCCGCAACGAGGACAGCAGCAGGAGCGCGGAGUUCAUCCUUGACUCCGAGGCGGGGAAGUACAUUCCCAGCACGCUCGCGAAGGCGACGCUGCUGUUUCCGCGCGGCGACCUGCGGUUUGUGGACGAUUCGUGCGAGUACGAGGAGAGCAAGGGGCUGUCGGGAUCGCUGUCCGCCAACGUGCUCAAGGGGCUCGCCAUGGCCAGCUUCUCCCAGGGGGAUGCUGCCAUCAACCUGCGCUACCACUUCAAGAACGACAUCAUCACGGUGGCGCCGUCCAUCUCAUGGCCGUCCAACCACAUGCACCUCACCUUCAAGCGCCGCUUCAACGACCACCAUAAAGUCAGCAUGGCGUACGAGGUGCAGCAGCUGAACUACAGCGCGGUGUACAAGUACAAGCCGCGCGACGACGUGAAGGGCAAGCUGGGCUAUGACAAGGCUGCAGGCCUCGCAUGGGGCUCCGUUUGGCUGGGCAACGAGUCGGAGGGGUGUUCGGGUGCGCUGUACAAGAGCAAGGCGCAGCUGAUGGUGCAGGUGCCGCAGAACGAGGGGCUCAAGGGUCUGGCAGUGAUGUUCAAGAUCAAGAAGCGUGUCGACAUCCUAUGACUGCUGCACCCGCCUCACAGGCUGCUCUGCGGCCGCAAGCAGAACGGCGGCAGGGAGAAGAGCCUCAGGGGUAUUGAAGAGGGGGUUAGCACAGCUAGUGCUGCUGACAGUACCAGCAAGGGUAGCAGUGGUGGCGGUAGUGGUGGUAGCAGUAGCGGCAGCAGAAGCAGCUGCGUUAACAGCAGCAGUAGCAGCUUGGUGCUGGCCUCAGGGCAAGAGCAGCAGCAGCAGCAGCAGCAUGAGCAGGGUGGUGGAAAGGGGUUGCAGAACCAACCCACUAGCACGCACGGUCUGUUUCUGACCCUCGCUCUCUCACCCGCCUUUCCUGCCUGCACCUCUACCACCACCUCCACCACCCCCUCCUCUGGUCGCUCCUGGUGCCCUUGUCGGGGCAAGCUGGAGUGGGCGUUUGGCAGCUGUGAUUGACCGGCUGACGCCUGCUGUUGCCACCCCCUCCUGUGACUGCUCGGCUCAUGUGUGCCAGCCAGUGUGUUGCAUGCGCUGGCAUAAUGUGUGUGUUAGCUAUGUGGGCAUGAUGCAUGCAUAAUGUUUUCGUAGGGGAAUCGAAAAGCUGAGUGUGUUGUGACCAUAGUAAGCACGAAUAUUAUCAGUGGUAGAAUUGUAGUGAGAUAAUUAGCGUACUCUAGUUUGACUAGUCUAAUGAUUUCGUAGAUUGGUAUGGAGCAGUUUUGUAUGUCAUGAGCUGUUCAUGCAAUGAGUGCUAUUUGCAAGGGU